AUGUGUGGAAUAAAUACAAAGUAUGAGAAGUUGAAGUUUUGCAGUAUAAAGUCUGCAUGUAGAAAGAUACUUGACGCAGAACGUGUGCGAUUUAGAAUCCUUGAUGAUUUUGUGAAGCCUUGCAAUGGACGUUUUAAUGUAGAAAAAGCAACAAAUGAAUACGAAUUUUGCAGAGACGCCCAACGACUCCUUCAUUGUGUAAUUUCGUUUUCAACGUGGGGGAGCGAAUCAACCUGUCUUGUUAACGACAAACAUCGUUUGGUCAACGCUUAUAAAUUCCUUGCUCCUCCAACUUUUAAUCUGGAAACAUGUUAUACACGAUACCUUUCUGAGUUUUCCUUUCCAGUGGAAAACAAUACUGUUGAUUUAGUUAGUACAGAAAGUAAUUCAGGUACUACAGAAAAUAAUGAAGAACCAACAAUUGUAAACCACAUACAGUUCGUUGGUAUGUACAACACCAUAAACCAAAACAAUGUACCUUCGCUUUUAAAAUAA